CUUUUCGGUGGAGGCUGCAUGGCUUGCUAUAACAUGGAAAACGUUGGCACUUAUAGUGACUUUCGAUAAUGUAGGCAUGAGUCGGAAAGCCUGCGUUUGCGAAGCCAGAUUUCCAAAAGGCAACUGCAUUAACGAGUCACAAUUUUCUGCACACAAUAACCCAACCAUUCAAAGCCAUUGCAAACCCAGGCAUCAACAUUUAAUGAGUUCAAACGCUGUUCCACAAUUUGCUGAGGAAAACUGGUAUACUAAAGCGGUAGACUAUUGGUCUACUGUUGAUCCAACCGUCAAUGGAAUGCUUGGUGGCUUUGAAUCCGUGUGCCCGGUAGAAUGUGCAGCCUCCUUAGAUCUUAUUCACGAAUUCGUUAACGAUCAACGAGGAGCCGACAAUGUUGUCAAGAAGGAAGCGCGUGUUGACAAAACCUAUGCUUGCGAUUGUGGUGCCGGAAUAGGAAGAGUCACAAAGGAAUUUCUGCUUCGAGUCCCCUUUGCAAAGGUUGACCUUGUGGAGCAGACACCAAAAUUUGUUGAGCAAGCGAAGCACGAAUACCUGAAGGAAGAGAUGGAAGCUGGCAAAAUCGGAAACCUGUAUUGCAUGGGGUUGCAAGAAUUUACGCCAGAUUCAGGGAAAUACGACCUUAUAUGGUGUCAAUGGGUUCUCGGACAUUUGACGGACGAUGAUUUGGUAUCAUUUUUAAAAAGAUGCAAGGAUGGCCUUCGGCCAAACGGUGUCAUUGGAAUCAAGGAAAAUAAUGCUUCCAAAGGUUAUAUCGUAGAUGAAGAAGACAGCAGUGUAACAAGAUCGGACGAUCUUUACAAGCAAAUAUUUAAAAAGGCCGGUUUCAAGAUUUUGAAAGAGAAGAAACAACAUGGACUCCCAGCCGGGCUCUUCGCUGUUAAAAUGUACAUACUGACGCCUGAAUAAGUGACGGAAAAAGCUCCUGAUGGUUUGACCUAUCAAUAAUAUAACAACUAUCUAAUACAGAUGUAUAAAAGAAAAAGCUUUCAUACCCAUUUAUCGGAUAUACUUAAUGGGAUGUCAUAGUGUAUAAAGGGAAGUGUGAUCGAAUAGAGACAAGGCAACGUCAAAUUUAGCGGCUAGAGCCAACCUUAGAGCUUGUAAAAUCCCCAGGCAGCGAUGCCGGGAUCCCAAUUUCACCAGUUUGACGGGAUGUGCAGAUUCGGGCUCUCGCCUGAUGCAAUUUGAUUGGAUACCCAAGUCACGUGUAAAAUGACGUCG